ACUUGUAAUCAUCACCAAAAUAGAAACAAAAGACGACAGAGUUCAUAUCCAUCCGAAUAACCUAAAGUUUCUGCAAACCGAAAUAACUAUACCAAGCAUAGCCCUACAAGAAUAGGACCCUUAAAGCUCAAAGGCUACGACUUGUCAACUAUCUCUGAUUUUUGAGGAUCUAAGAUGGGCGCUGUUCUUGCGGUAUGCACCGCUGCUCAAUGUGCCUGUUGCUGCUGCCCUGCCGCAGUUGGGUGUUGCUGCGCAUGUUGCCCAGGGUGUCGCAGCUCCACAUCUACCCGUAUCAUGUACACAGUCUUCCUUCUGCUUGGAACCAUUGUCUCCUGUCUCAUGCUUUGGGAUCAAGUAGAGAAAAGCAUUGUCGAACAUGAUCCAUUGGGUAUUUUCGGCAAGGUGUGUGAUGAGGCAGGUGCAGGUGAUAAGUGUGAGUUGCUUGCUGGACACCUUGCUGUGUACAGAGUCUGCUUUGCAAUGGCCUGCUUCUUCUUCCUCUUUAUGAUCAUCACCAUUAAAGUGUCCUCUAGCAAAGACUGUCGUGGAGGGAUCCAUAAUGGGUUUUGGGGGAUAAAGUUCCUGAUGCUAGUUGGGUUGGCAGUUGGAGCAUUUUUUAUUCCUAGAGGAGACUUUGGAGUUGCCUGGAUGUACAUUGGGUUUAUUGGAGCCGUCUUGUUUAUCCUGAUUCAAGUUAUUCUGCUUGUUGACUUUGCUCAUUCAUGGAAUGAGAUAUGGACAUCAAAUGCAGAGGAGAAUGACAACAAAUGCUGGUACAUAGGGCUUCUGGUGUUUAUGAUACUAUUCUAUGCAGCAGCUCUUGCUGGUCAUAUCACUGGAUACAUUUUUUUUACUGAGUCUUCUGGGUGCCACCUAAACAAGUUUUUUCUCAGCUUUAAUCUCAUUCUGUGUGUCAUCAUAUCUAUAAUCUCAUUGCUGCCAAGCAUUCAGUCAGCUCAGCCCAAGUCUGGUCUACUCCAGUCCUCCAUUGUCUCUUUGUUUACCACCUACCUUAUCCUGUCAGCUUUGGCAAGUGAACCAACAACAUCAGAUCCAGGUUCAUCCAGCAAUAGUACAAUUUGUGGGGCAAGCAUCACUAGUCAUGGAAUCAAGGGCUCAGAAACUACUGUUACUGUUGUUGGGCUUGUUCUUCUGUUUAUCACUGUUAUCUACUCCAGUCUUCGAACAGUUGGCAGCGUGGAUAAGCUAACCACCACAUCAACAACUGCAGAUGACACUGAGAAGGGUAAAGUAGAGGAGGAUGAAGAAGAGAGUGUGAUGUACAGCUACUCAUUCUUCCAUUUUAUCUUCUUCUUGGCCUCCUUAUACAUCAUGAUGACACUCACAGGAUGGCUCAGUCCUGAAGGUACUGGAAUACAGAACUUCCAACGGAACUGGGCGUCUGUUUGGGUGAAGGUCUGCUGUAGCUGGGUGUGUCAUCUCAUCUACUUAUGGACUCUGAUGGCUCCUGUCUGCUUCCCUGACAGGGACUUCUCUACCGGCCUGAUGUGAGACUCGCAUCACGGGCAUCCCUGUCACGCAAAGUAAAAUAGCUGUUACUUCAAAUGAUGCAGGUUGUUGCAUCCUAGAUAUGGUACCCCUAGCACACUGUCGCACAACAUGUGGCAGCCAUAGCAACACAGUGUUUAAAGAAAAUAUAACAAUACAUACAGGCCUUACCAUAGGGUAAUCAUAGGACGUGUGCUUUCUUGACAUGCCAUCUAGCCUGCAUGCAGGCGUUUGGUGGUUUAUCGCGAAAAGCCAGCGAACAUCGUAGCCGCCAUCUUGGAUUUUCGCCAUUUUGAUGGCGACUUAGAUCGCUCGACUACGAACGCCUGCAAGCACUGCAUACCAUUGAUGCUAUACAGCAGACUGUUGCACCCCAGACAUGCAAAAACUGUAGCCAAACAUGGCGUCCAUGCAAAGUAACAUGUAGUUAUGUGCAAGGAGCUCCAGCCUAUGAUUGACCUUUCUCAAUGGUCGUAAAAAACAAAUAGAAAAAAUGGUAAUGUUAAAAGGUGUAAAAUUUAAAGAACGAACAUUUUUUUAAUUUAACGGCGCGAUGCAUGGUUCCAUGGCCUCAAGAUAUAGUUUAAGAAGGUCACUUAGACCGGCUUAGACGUAGUCCUCAUGUGUUGUUGCAAAUGUAAAUCCAUGCAAAUAUAGACAAAAUAAAUACCUUUGCCAUUUGCAUUUGAAAAAGUGCAUGAAAUGAACGGCGUCUUAAGUAGGCAUGCAGGCGAGAAUCGCAGUUUUAUUGACACUAAACUUCAGAAUUAGAAAAAUUUGAAGGAUUCCGUCGCGUGUUCUGAUGCGCAGUGAAGCAUUUCACCAUGUGGCCUUGGCAGCUUGCUUCACACUAUAAUAAUAGUUCAAAUUGAUAUAUAGUCCACAGCGUAAUGUUAUUAAUAAUAGAACAUGUAGAAUAGUUUAGUAUAACCACGGAUAAUGCCUGAAGCACACUAGCAACAUAACAGCGUUAUGUCACAACCGGAAAAAUGUGUGAAAACAGAAAUGCGCAGUGUUUUUAACAUGGCAUGUUAAAACAGUAUAUUAUGUGUUUUCAUUUUAAUGAAAUGUCGCUUGUGAGUGGGAGACUUUUGUUUCCCGUGACGUCAUACUUGUUAUGUCACUAGUGUGCACUGUGCUUAAGUGACACAUAAGUCCAAGUGUUUCAUAUAUUUAGCUUUUAUAGAAAACGAUUUAUAUUUAAAAAAAUGUUGCAGUGUAUCCAGUAGACAACCAAAAUACAUGUGAAACAUUAAUAUUUUCUAAUGAAUCACAAGCAAGAAUUUGGUCACUCAAACUUGUUAAGACUUAGUCCGUCUCGUCCAGUUUCGCUUCUGGACUCUCCUUAGACGGGUAACCCGUAUCUAAUGUGAAAACGAUAAUGAUAAGCAAUGGAAACAUAAUGAUAAGCAAUAAAAACAAUGUGAAAAGUACACCUGGAAUUGGUAUAGCCUACCAGGGUAAUUCCAGGAUAUACAUUUUGCAGGAGACCAGCACGACUGUUUCGUCAUUUUCAAA